CAUGGAGGACGCGGACAAGGGAACGGCGAUCCCCGGCGUAUCGCCGAAGACCAAGAGGAAGAACACGCAAAAGUUCUCAAGCGUUAAGAUCAAGCCCCAGACGACGGAGCGGUCAAAGUUCUAUGAGGACCUGGUGGAGGAGAUGCGCAGGAAGAUGUGUUGCCACAAGACACGAGAAUCUCUGCUUAGUUCCUCCAGUGGAUUUCUUAACUACCGUGGAAUUUUGAAUUGGGCUGUGGUUGUACUGAUUUUGACACAUACACAUAUGGUUUUUGAAAAUUUGAUCACGUACGGAAUCCUUGUGGAUCCAGUUCAGAUUAUUGCAUUUGCUUUGAGUGACCCCAACACUUGGCCGGGUUCAUAUCUGAUUAUUGUAUCAAAUAUAUUUAUCCUCAUUGCUCUUCAUACAGAAAGAUCUCUGUCAGCACUUGCAAUGAGUGAAAAAAUGGGAUAUACUAUCCAGAUGAUCAAUCUUGGAGCAGUUUUAUUUAUACCACUAUUUGUGCUUAAAGUAUUGACAACAUCUACUGCAGUUGGAUCAGCAAUGGUACUAACAGUGCACAGCAUUAUUUUCAUGAAGUUGUACUCGUACCAUGAGGUGAAUAGGUGGCUUCGUGAAGAAUGGGCACCUUUAGGUCUAAAGUCAGCCAUGAAACAACCAGGCAUUACAUCAUGUGUAUUUGGAAAUGGUGAAAAUAACGGUAAUAGGAACAAUGUAGAUGAAGUAAUUACUUAUCCAGACAACCUGACAGUGAGAGAUCUUUACUAUUUUUUGUUGGCACCAACCCUCUGUUACCAGAUGAAUUUCCCAAGAUCUGCAAAAAUACGGAUACGAUUCCUUCUGAGACGUCUAUUUGAAAUGUGGGUUUUACCAGUGACUCGAAAUUCAAUGUUGCCUUUUGUUGAGAUGAAGCUAACUAUAAUAAUUCACCAGCUGCUGCUGAUUGCGAUACCAAAUCACUUCAUGUGGCUCAUAUUUUUCCAUGGGUUCUUUCAUUCAACUUUGAACUUUGUUGCUGAGCUGAUGAGGUUUGGAGAUCGGAGAUUUUAUCGGGACUGGUGGAAUUCAGAGACUCUCACUUACUUCUGGUCAAAUUCAAAUAUUAUUUUUCACAAGUGGUGCAUGAGACAUGUUUAUAGACCACUUGUUGAGAAGGGUUAUUCAAAAUGGGAAGGACAAGCCUCAGUAUUCAUAUUAUCAGCAUUAUACCAUGAGUACCUGCUUGCAGCACCACUUCACAUGAUCCGUUUCUGGCUGUUUCUAGGGAUGAUGUUCCAGGUUCCCACUGCAUGGAUUCUAAGUAAAUAUUUAAGAGGACUCUAUGGAAAUGCAAUUGUGUGGAUUUGCAUUAUUUUAGGCCCUCCUUUGAUAGUGCAUAUGUACAUUCACGAUUACUAUGUGUUUCAAGAACGAAAAGCAAAUGUAUAA